ACUUUGCCAUUUCUCUUCAUCGACGAGCAUUCUACUAAGGGCUUUUCUGCAAACUUGCAGGGGUCUGUACGUUGGAGUACAUGCUUGAGUUCUUGCCCUUUCUUCUACUCUAUUCAACCAUCACCUUCCUACAUGCUACCAUCGCAUGCUGCUCUUGGUGUUCUGUGAUUAAUAUGACAUGCUUAAACAAUUUAAAAUCCUGCCUCAUCUCUUCAGAUAACGAAUUAUUGCUGAACAAAGAAACUCAGCUCAUUCUCCCUCUUCUGCGCAUUCAUUCCGUCGGCCUGGACCUGCCCACCGACCGCUGCGACGGGUGAAAUGCGCUGGCAAUCUCAACCAGGGGCAUCAGUCAGGGUUACCUGCCAAGGUUUCCCCAAAUCGCUCUGAGACCCUGAAUUUCAGACCAUAAUGACCAACGACGUUGAGAGGCGUAUUCGCGGUGCAGGUGCACUGGAGCAAUACCAUAUCAUUCGAGGGGCAUUGCAGCUAGAUUCAUGCGUUAUUUCUGCAGCCGAGUACAGUCAUUCUGGGGGCCUUUCGCUGUCCAAGCAGGUGCUGUUUCCAGCGCUACGCGUACUUAUUCAGACACAUGGCGCUCUGGGAGUUCAUAUUGUCGAUCGGGACACUAUUCAACCAGUAUAUUCUCGGCUACGCAGCGUCAACCUCACUGAAGUUGUGGAAUAUGUGCAUGGUUCUACAAUUGCCGAGAUAUUGGAGGUCCAGUUCUUGAAGCUAUUCAAUAUUUCAUCCGAAGCGCCACUGUGGCGCCUGGUAGUUCUGGAGGAGAAGAUUGUCGUUUUGGCCUGGCACCAUUGCAUCGGAGAUGGUUUAAGCGGGGUUGCGUUUCAGCGAGCUCUUCUCAACGCCCUGAAACAGACCCAGCCUCAGGACAUAGACAGCGUCGUUGAAGUUCCCCUCACUGCCAAGUUCUCACCCAGCCUCGAAAGCGUCGUGAAUGUUUCACCUCCACUCUCGGUUGUUCUUCGGGGGGUACUCAAUCUCUUUCUACCAAUUUAUUGGACCCCUCGCUUUACUGCCUGGACCGGGAAUCCCGUUGGACAUACCCCCAACACCGCCACUCGCGUCAGAAUCAUGCAGUUCUCCGCUUCAGAUGUAGCUCGCUUCCACGAGGAGUGCCGCUCUCAUAGGGCUACCGUCACCUCGGCUUUAUAUGCUGUUGCCAUCUCGGCUCUUUCCCAAACAAUCCAAGAUAUGAAGCCUUCUGAAAAAUACAAAACAAUAGCGGCAUCCAUUCCCAUAUCAUUGCGUAGCCUAUCGGGUGCUUCCGAAGAAGAUAUGUGUGAACAUGUCUCUACCCAUCACAGUUAUCCCGCAUUCCAGCCUGAAUUUUCAUGGCGUUUGGCCUCAACAUACGCUUCUACUCUUCGUGAACAGAAGACCGCGUCACCACCAGCGGUCGGCAUGCUGGGAUACCUUUUCGGUCGCUUUGUAGGUUACUUCACUGGGAAGUAUGAUGCUAAGAGGGAAGGAGGGCUGGAAAUUUCCAACGUCGGGCGAAUCGUAGUGCACGGUAUUGAUGCAUGGUCUAUCGAUGACAUGUGGUUCGCCCAGUGCGAUUCGUACGUUGGGUCUGCUCUCAAACUUAACGUGGUGGGGCCUCCAUCUGGGAGUCUAACUAUCAUUGCUACUGGAGGACAGUAUGCUGCGGAAGACGCUUUCGUUGAUGCCUUCGUCUCUUUGUUUGAAGCACGAUUCGCAGAUAUCGUGAAUGCUGAGGCAGAGACUAAAGGAGCGCAUGAUGGUCUGUCAGUGUGUACAUAGAUCUAGCGCGAACCUUUAUAUGUAGAAAAACAUCUUUAUAUCUCAUCCGGAGCCUCGAAUAGUGUACGUGAAUGAUAAUACAAUUUCACUGCCUUACGGACGAGUAUUUAUAAAGAGG